AUGGAAGACUUGAAUUUCAAUCAAGCGAUAGAUCGCUUGGUGAAAUGGUAUCAAGUCAUGCGGGUGGAAUUAUUGGAGGAAGAUGAGCUUGAGCAAGAGCUCAAAUGUCGCGACGUGAUACUAUCAGGUUUGGAUUUAUCUCGGAAAAGGAAAUGCUUGCGAGAUGCACUAAAAAGGGAAAAGGAAUCCGGUUUAAAAUUAAGUGCCUUAAGCCUAAGAACCGAUCCCGAGAAUGAGCGGGAACUUUGCUUAAUUAAAUUUAAUCAAUUAAAAACACUUUUUAAAUCAAGCAGUACGGAUGAAUCACAGAAAAGGAUUUGCUUAGCCCGUCUAGCCCAUGUGGGUACACGAGUGGCUACCCUUCUGUGUUCGUCGCGUGGUUCACCUAAUCUCCUAACGCAGAUGCAAAAUAUGUUGGUUGAGUUAGUCCAACUCUUGCAAUCUGCCUACGAUCCAUCGGGUAUCGCGACGCAGGAAAUCGUGGUCCAAAAUCCAUCGCAGGCUAUCACUGAGGCAAACACCAACACGGAGGUCGAGCUUCCAUCACCCUCUGUUCUGGGCCAGGACGACCUAGAUUGGAUCCACAGCUUGCAGGCGAGGAUAGUUGGCCUAGAAGAAGAAUUGGCAAAACGAAAAGAAGGAAGAGAAGUUGAGACUCAAACGGAACAAGAAGUGUUCAAUAUUUCGAACCCACUGGAAAGAGAUUUCAGAAAUCAUUCUGAAAACUUUUCUGCUAUCUCCAGUUUUCAGAACAAUUCUUUCCCUCAAAUUUCCCUUAAUCCUACUUAUCCUCAACAAAAUUUAUCUUACCAUCAAAUUACCAAUCCUUAUCCAUACUUAACAGCAAAUAUUUCUCAAUCCCACAGUGAAAAUAAACUUCCGAAUAUUCAGUCCCACCAGCCCACAGUUUCAAAUUUUCAUCUGAACCACCCUAGCAAUCCUCAAAACCCUUUUCCCACUCCUACCAAUCAAAUUCCGGUAAAUUCUACCAACCCCCAUCAAUCCCUUCCUAAUGUGAAUUUCUCACAUAAUGUCGGACAACAAAAUCAUCCCUGGUCAAACUUUUGUCCAAAUCCGAAUCCUUCUCAGCCUCAGCUCCCAUAUAACGCAUUUCCAGGCCAGUACCAGGGACCAUCCGGUCAACCUCAAGGACAUUGGGGAUCACCUUACGGGAAUCCAGGGUUUUCUCAUCAGUUUCAGACACCUUUUCAUUCCCGACAUACUUUGCCAGUAUCCAAAUGGAAUAUUGCAAAGUACAGCGGAGAUGAUCAAGGGUUGAAACUGAAUGAAUUCCUGGAAGUCGUUUACGCUCUGUCCAUGGCAGAAAGGGUAUCCGAUCAAGAGCUAUUUGAAUCGGCUGUACAUUUGUUUUCUGGAUCUGCCCUUAAAUGGUAUAUGACACAGCGAUCUAUGGGCCGUCUUGUCAGUUGGCAGCAUCUGGUUUUCGAACUCCGCAGAACGUAUAUGCACCCAGACUUGGACGCUCUCAUCAAAAUGAAAGUGUACCAAAGGCGUCAACGGCAGCAGGAGUCUUUCCACGAAUUUUACAGCGAGAUAGAGAAGCUGAUCCGAACGAUGAGUGUCCCGAUACCAGAAUUCGAGAAAAUUCAAAUCCUCCAGCAAAACAUGAGGAUGGACUACAAAAAGUUCAUGGCUUUCAUUCCCAUUGUGAACUUGGAGUCCUUACUCGCAGCGGGUCAGAAGCUUGAUGCGCUUAAUUUUUCUGCGUAUAGCAAGGUGUUCGGCUCUGAUAAGGUGGUUCACGUGAUCGAAGACGAAGAUCUGGAGCAGUCGAGGUCGACCAAAACCAAGAAGCAGGCUUCAAGCUCUGAUUUCGUCGUACCGGUCCAGCAACAUCCAAGGGGUAAUUCAGCGGGUCCCACAGUUAAUGUUGUUCCGAAGAACCAGAACCAGUUCGCGCAAAAUUUACCUGGCCCGUCACGGCAAAUAAACAGUAAGCCUACAGCAGUCGGGGAACCAUCUGGCAGUCAGUCGCAACCUCAACUCACGUUGGAGAUGGUGGUAAACAACCACAAGCCUCCUCCAUCAAAUCGUUGCUACAACUGCAAUCGGGAGGGACAUCAUGCAGCAAUUUGCCGUCAACCACCAAUCAUCGUCUGCUUCAAAUGCGGGCUUCGUGGAUUUCCGACUGCUAUGUGUCCGUAUUGUUUAAAAAACCACGAUAUCCAGAUUCAUGAUAUCCCCGUUUGUGCUCUACUAGACAGUGGCAGCAAUUACACCUUGAUUAACCAGAGAGUAUUCCACAAGACAAGGCACGGGAAGUUGAGUCCACUGACCAAAUCGCUGGAUCUCCGUUCAGCUAGUGGUGAUUCGAUGGAAAUUUUAGGCCAGGCUUUUCUGCCUAUCCAGUUUGAUGGACAAACCAAAGUCAUCACCACUCUGGUAGUGGCUAAUUUGUCUAUCGGCUGCAUUUGUGGGAUGGACUUUUGGACCAAAUUUCAGAUCGUUCCCACUAUGUUGUCUGGAGAUUCCGUGAAUGCAGCGGUCCUGGAAAAUAUGUCUUCGUCCUCCAACUGUUUGUCGCUAGAAGAAGAAAGAAAAUUAGAGGAGAUUAAAUCGAGUUUUUUAGCAGCAGGUCACGGUAAACUCACCAUUACUCCUAUGGCCACUCAUCGGAUCGUCUUGAAGGAGGAAUUCAAAGGCAAGCCACCAGUCCGUCAAUUCCCGUACGUGAUGUCUCCGAAAACGCAGGCGUUGGUAGCAGUAGAGCUGGAGCGGUUACUCGAGGCCGGCAUCAUUGAACGGAGCAAUUCGGAUUGGUCGUUGAAUUGUGUGCCGGUCAUCAAACCCAACAAGGUUCGGCUUUGCUUAGACGCACGGAAAAUCAACGAAAGAACUGUCCGUGAUGCUUACCCUCUACCCCACCCUGGAAGAAUAUUAGGUCAGUUACCAAAGGCAAAAUAUUUGUCUACAAUAGACCUGUCCGAAGCGUUCUUACAGGUUCCCUUGGAAAAAGAGUCCCGGAGGUACACAGCUUUCAGUGUGCAGGGAAAAGGGUUGUUCCAGUAUACCCGGAUGUGUUUCGGAUUGGUCAACAGUCCUGCUUCAUUGGCCAAAAUCAUGGAUUCCGUACUGGGUCAUGGUAUACUGGAACCGAAUGUUUUUGUAUACCUCGAUGACAUCAUCGUGGUUACAGAAACAUUCGAGCAUCAUGUGCAGCUUCUUACGGAGAUCUCUCGUCGCCUACGCGAAGCCAACCUAAGUAUCAACCGAGAAAAAUCUCGAUUCGGAGUAUCCGAAGUACCAUUUCUAGGAUACCUUUUAGGAACAGAAGGCUUGAGAACAAAUCCCGAUAAGGUACGGGCAAUCCUUGACUACGAGCGACCAACUACGGUCACGAAACUCCGGAGGUUUCUAGGAAUGGCCAAUUACUAUCGGCGAUUCAUCCCAGACUUCAGUGGGACAACUGCGGCCUUAACAGACCUACUCCAAACCAAGUCCAAGCUGAUUCGUUGGAAUGAGAAUGCUGAGACAGCUUUCGUUCGCAUUAAAGAGCUGUUGAUUUCUUCACCCAUACUGGCAAGUCCCGAUUUCAGCCGACCUUUUACAAUUCAGACCGAUGCCAGCGACGUAGCCGUAGCCGGUGUGUUAACGCAGCAGCAGGAAAACGGAGAGGGUUACAUUGAGGGUUACCAUUUCACCUUGAUUACCGAUUCAUCCGCUCUUACUCACAUCCUUAAUGCAAAGUGGAAAGUCGGAUCUCGUUGUAGUCGGUGGGCGCUCAAUCUGCAGCAAUAUGAUAUGAGAAUAGUGCACAGGAAAGGCAAAGAAAACGUCGUCCCUGAUGCACUUUCUCGUAGCAUUGCAACAGUUGACGGCUCACCUACAACUUGGUACGAUUCCAUGAUGCAUAAAGUUGUGAGUAAACCGGAUGAAUUCGUCGAUUUUAGGGUCGAAAAUGGUAAUCUAUUCAAGUAUAUCUCUGUACCCGACUUCCCACACGACUCGAAUUUCGAAUGGAAGAUGAUACCACGCUCGGAGGGUAUUCCUAAAAUAAUUGAAGAAUGCCACAACUCGUCGUUUCAUUCCGGAUACGAGCGGACGUUAGCACGUAUAAGACAGCGUUAUUACUGGCCUCGGAUGGCGGCCGAAAUUAGGAGUUUUGUUCGGCAAUGCUCGACGUGCAAAGAAGUAAAGCCCUCUAAUGUCGCAAUGGUACCCGAAAUGGGGAAAAUGCGCUUGGCAGACCGGCCCUGGCAGAUAAUCUCCGUGGAUUUCAUUGGCCCUCUCCCCAGAAGUCGUAAAGGCAAUCAGCAUUUGUUGGUGGUUUCGGAUUAUUUCUCGAAAUGGGUUUUAGUUCAGCCUGUGAAGAAAAUCGCUAGUUCAAUCCUGUGCGUUAUUUUGAAAGAUCAAUGGUUCAUGAAGAAUUCUGUUCCUGAGAUAAUUAUUACAGAUAACGGUUCUAGUUUUCUCUCGAAAGAGUUCAAGUCAUUGCUUGAUCAAUUCAAAAUAACACACUGGUUGAACUCACGAUAUCAUUCUCAGGCGAACCCCGUAGAGAGAGUAAAUCGAACCAUCAACGCUGCUAUCCGUACGUAUGUGAAGGAGGAUCAACGCCUUUGGGACACGAAAAUAGCCGAGCUAGAAAUGAUCCUGAACACCAGCGUUCACACGCCCACUGGAUUUACACCGUAUUUUAUCAUUCACGGGCAUGAAUAUGCGGAAUUGGGUAAUGAUUAUCGCCUAGCUCGACACGAUCAGAAUCUUCCUCCCGAGCAGUUUGAGGAGCGACGCAAGGCAUUAUUCAUAGACAUCUAUGAACUUGUCAAGAAGAAUCUUGCCAAGGCGUACGCGAGUUCAAAACGAACGUACAAUUUACGGCUUCGCCCGGCAAAACCGUUUGAAAAAGGGCAGUUGGUAUACCGAAGGAAUAUGAAGCUUUCCAACGCGGCGGAAAGUUAUAAUUCGAAAUACGGCCCUCAGUUUUUGCCAUGUAGGAUCAAAAGUGUGCGAGGUACGUCCUCGUACGAGCUAGAGGAUAUGAAUGGCAAGGACCUAGGCAUUUGGCCAGCGGCUCACAUUAAGCCAACAUAG